UCAUUAUUCUUUAUGAAGGAAGAGUUUCUCUUGGGGGUUGAAUAGAAGCUAACGCAGUCUGAUACAUCACAAUUUUUAGUCUUCUUACAUUUGCAGGGGUCUUAUAGGCCUAACGAUUCAUUCGCAACUGUUAGGCUACAUAUUUUAAAGCGAAGAACAACCAGACUGCCUUACCAACAGAAUUUAAAAUGACGCCGAGCUCAGACGUUCUUCAGUUCCGGUUCGCAGGCCAUGGUGACACAGUUUUGGAGAAGAUGAACAUUCUGCGGGAGGACCGGCGGUUCUGUGACGUCACUCUCAUCCUUGGCGGGUUCCGUUUCCCGGGACACAGAGUGGUUCUGGCAGCUUCUUCUGCUUUCCUGCGAGACCAGUUCUUGCUGCACGACACCCGGGAGCUACAGGUGUCGGUGCUGCCCAGUGCAGACGUGGGCAGACGCUUGUUGCUCUGCUGCUACACUGGCGUCUUGGAGUUUCCCUUGAGAGAACUGGUCACCUACCUGAUGGCGGCCAGUGCAUUGCAGAUGAGCCAUGUGGUAGAAAAGUGUGAACGAGCUGUCUCCCAGUACUUGGAUCCCACUCUGGCACGACUAAAGCUGGAAAAUAGUCCUGACCCUUAUCCACUGAAAGAAAAAGAGGACCUAAAUGCUGAGUCCCUUGGGGAGCAUGGCCCAGAGGGAGCGGAAUAUGACCUAGACUCCGAGGACAGUGUUCAGAUCAUUCAUACAGAAGCUGCCAACAUGGGCACACUGAGGAUCAAGCAGCAAGACAGUAGCUCAGACUCGCCAACAGGAAGCCCCUCCCACUCCAGGGCAGGUGUGGCAGAUAGCUCCCAAGACCAGGAGUUUGGGGGGGGGGAUGUGUACAUGCUGGCCGCUCAGCACCUCCAGCUACAGGGGGGUGAGUCACCUGGACUCGGGGAGAGCAGCAGGAUGCAGAGGGACGCCCUCGCGGAGCACGACUCCCCGCUCCAGAGGAUCUACUUUUGCAGGAAGUGCGACCGUGUGUUCCAGCAGCUGGAAAACUACGUGGGGCACCUGAAGGAGCAUAAACUCUAUCUGUGUCUUCUGUGUGGGAAGAGCUUCUCUCAGAAGAGCAACCUGACUCGGCACAUCCGCGUGCACACCGGCAUCAAGCCCUUCCAGUGCCCGCUCUGCCACAAAACUUUCUCCCAGAAAGCCACGCUGCAGGACCACCUCAACCUGCACACAGGCAACAAGCCGCACAAGUGCAACUACUGCGCCAUGCACUUCGCUCACAAGCCUGGCCUACGGCGCCACUUAAGGGACAUCCAUGGCAAGAGCAGUCUGGAGAACAUGUUUGAGGAGGUGUGAGCAGCCACAAGGAGGGGGCCCUGAGCCCCAGGCCCUGUUAGGACCUGGGGGGGGGAGUGCGGGUCAUUGUCUCUGUUGUGUGCGUCCUUGAGUACUACUCUGUAGUUACAGUAACAGUAGUAACUAAGCCAUUGACUGAUUGGUCCCUCUGAUCAGCCGCUUUUCCACCGUAGGGCCGAACCGUUACCAGGGCCACUCUGUGCCGUUCCGUGCUGCUCAGUACUCGUGGGAACGGUUACGGUUUCUGUUUCCACCGUCGGGCUGCUAAAACCAGGACUAGGAAAUAUGUAGUGAGGGCAGCAAGUGACGCGGUGGAUCAGCGACGGCAUCCCGUUGUGAAUGUAAUAUGCGCCAGUUGUCGUCUCUCCCCAUACUGUUUUGUUUUUGUUAUGUUAUGUUUCGUUGGCUGACGAAACGGACUAGGAUUCUGUGUAUUUUGGUCUGUUUUUGGUUUUUCUUUUUAGCGUAUCCUCCACUGACCAUCACUGUUGCAUGCAUUCAAAAACUACUAACAAAGCUUACAUUACAGUGUGAAAUAUCCACA